AUGUCAUACUGUCUUCCCAUUGAAACCGCUCUGGCGGGCGGGGCGUCGGGCGGAACCAUCGAUCCAGUCACGCCUUCGGGACUUGUUUGGGUCCGGGAACAGGGUCAUGGCGGCGUCAAUCAGCUGGGCGGGGUGUUCGUGAACGGGCGACCGUUGCCUGACGUCGUGCGACAGAGAAUAGUGGAGUUGGCCCACAGCGGUGUUAGACCGUGCGACAUCAGCAGACAGCUGCGCGUGUCGCACGGAUGCGUCUCCAAGAUACUAUCUAGGAAACGCGAGCUGAUUGAAGAUACCGUUCACGACUGCUGAUGCAUCCGGUAUAUCUAUAAUAAAAAUGGUCACCCAUCCCACAACCGACCUCCGUGAAAGUUGUUUAACAAUUUUCGUUCGGUCGAUAUAAAAAAUAAAUAUAUACACGGUCAACACACGUUACCAGAUUUUAUAACACAACGGACGCGACGGGCGGAAGCGUGCCCGCCGGCCGUUACGCUUUCUGCGCUCGCGCAGUGUAAUCGCAGGACUGCACCGCUUUUACCACUUUUGGAUUUUAUAAUUAACAACUGAGUAAUAGGCGGCUCAAAACCUAAGGUAGCCACUCCCCCUGUGGUUGACGCGAUCGCCGCUUACAAGAGAGAGAAUCCCACGAUGUUUGCCUGGGAGAUCAGAGAUAGACUCUUGAGCGAGGGUAUAUGCAGCCAGGAUAACGUGCCUUCUGUGUCCAGUAUCAAUAGGAUUGUUCGUAAUAAAGCAGCAGAAAAAGCGAAGCAUGCACACAAUCAACAGCAGCAGCAGCAACAGGAGCAGGAGAUCAGUUCAGCGCAAGGCAGUGUUGUGUCGGUGAUAACUCAUGCCGGUAAUGCUCCUGGCACAACUGCCGUACUGUCUCCGACGACGGAUCAGCACGUCACCAACACAGGCAGUUACAGCAUCAACGGAAUCCUGGGCAUUGAACAAGUAGAAGGUCUACAUAACGGCACCACCGGCCUUAAGAGGAAGAGACACGAAGACCAAGACGAGAAUCGGGACUUCAACAGUCAUUCAGAAGAUGACGUGAAAAGACAAAGGAAUCAUUACAAUGGCGACCAAAUCUACUCGAAUCUUUGGUCGUCCUCCAAGUGGAGUCUGAAAGACGAAUACAAGUUGCUGUCGGAAUUGGGAGGAGCAGCUGGUGGUGCCACUGGAUAUUACGGGGAACUGUUCGACGCCCCAUAUGAACACCAGGCGCAUCCACAUUACACACCACAUUCUGCAACGAACGACUCGACGGGGUCGAAUGGACCCGCUGGCGGGGAACCACCAUCGGCAGCAGCCAGUCCUGACGCCACUGCGCUAGUGGUCUUACAACCUCCAGCUCCACCGUACCCUCCUUAUGCACAUUAUGAUGGUACAACAACAUUAGCCAGUGAGUACGCAUACGCGGCACCAUACUCGCAGUACUCGCCAUACGGCGGACCAUACUCACACUCCGCUGCCACCGGACUACUAUCCAAGUGGUAG